CACCAACAGCCGACGCAGCACAACAGUCUCAGCACCAACAGCACCAACAGCAGACGCACCAGCAGCAGCAGACGCAGCAGCAGCACCAACAGUCUCAGCACCAACAGCAGCACCAGCAGCAGCAGCAGCUCCAGCAGCAGCAGAGCUCUCACUCCAGACACCAGCAGCACCUCCGCAGCAGCUCCAGCAGCAGCAGCAGCAGCAGCAGCAGCACUUCAGGCACCAGGAGAAGAGCUGUGAGGCUGCAGGGUCCAGGGGCCACCACAGCGGACACCUGGCCCCGCAGGAGCACCUCAAGCCUGGUCAGGACCAUAAUGCAAUGCAGAGGAUGAUGAGCACAAGGACUCUGAGCAGCAGCUCAUCCCGUCUCCCAGUAACUCUGUGUCCCGCCCCUCCUCCGACCCGUCCUGCGCUCCGUCCCGGCAGGAGCGCCACCGCGUCUCCAGCUACUCUGCGGAGGCUCUCAUCGGUAAAACCUCCAGCAGUGGGGAGCAGCAGCAGCAGCAGCGCAUGGGGCUCCAGCAGCCGGACCUGCGCGGCUACCUGGACUCGUCACGGGGGAAGACCAACAUCUCUCACAACCCACAGAACCGCCUCACUGCCGAGCAUCCGGGAUCAGCCGAUGUUCAGAGGGUCUCUGAGUGUCCGCCUUUCAAAGCUAUGGGAGGAGGGGGACAUCAGCUGGGUGGGUUUGAGGUCCAGGUGUCCCGUGGGAGUGACAUGGUGCCUAAGUCAGGUCCCUCGUCCCAGAGGGGCCCUCAGGGGCAGCAGCAGGGCGGCUUCAGGAUGGGCGUCGGCCCUCAAUCAGAUGGCAGGAACCGCUACAGUGCGCUCAUCCCGGCUCACAGGGCGUGCAGGUCGGACAGGAAGUGUGUCACCAGAGCUUCAUGCAGAGGCCUCCUGUCCCCCCACCUGCCCGAGCAGAGCAACCACCAGCGAGUGCAGUGCUGCCCCCCCGUCAGCAUGGAGUACAGCUGCGUCAGCUCGGCAGGAGACAUCCAGGCCAAGAGCCCCAGCGUCCCCCAGACUCAGAAGGCCAUGCGGCUCGGAGAGGGCAACAAGAGCCACAUAUCUCAGGUCAGCAGUAAUAUGCAUGGAGGUGUGCGCCCAGGCCUCCCCCACCCUCCCCCCCCUCACAGCAGCUCUGAGCCAGGCCGCUCCUCUGCACCCUCCAGACCCCCCCUCUGCUGUCAGCCAGCACUCCCGCCACUUAAACAGAGACUCUCAACCUACAAAGCUAAGACCUGGGGACCGGCCCCGAUCGGGAGCUCUGAGGCACAGCAACCCCUUUGAGCCCGAGGGCCACCUGCCCCUCCCCUCGGGCGGGGGGGUGCUGCUGGGCAGGCCGCAGUCUGGAGGGGAGGGAGGCGCAGCACUAUCGUCCGCUUUAUGGCAGAUGGCGCUCAGGUUCCCGGCGACAACAACAACCUGGUUCCUGACCAACACCUCUCUCAGAACUUUGGUUUCCCCUUUAUUCCAGAAGGAGGCAUGAAUCCCCCGCCUUCCAUUAACGCCAACUCCACCUUCAUCCCUCCCGUCAGCCAGCCCAAC